CCCAGCAGCCACAGUGUCGACACAGUAUCCAGUCUUUUCCCCUGUGGGCUUCCUCUCUCAGAGUCCACUCACUCUGCAACCACCAAGAUGUCUGUUUGUUUCUGCAUCUAUCUGUCCAUGUGCUCUACCUUCCAUCCAUUUUUGAGAACAGCGAGAGUAUUUGAGCACAAUAAAACGUUUUGCACCACGGCCAAGUUGGAUAUCCUCCAAAAAACUGGUGCGGUUACAGACCUGACGAUGAUCUCCAACGCCGAGGCCUCCACCCCUCAGCGCUUCUCCAUAUCUUGCCUCAUAGGGGAGCGGGACGCAGCAGAGUUAGACCUGGACAUCAAGAAGGACAACAGCAUUCUCAUCCUCCCCUCACCGUCCCGAUACAGCGUCAAGAGGCCCAAGACCAAGGAGGUGGUGGCCAAUGAGUUUGUUGGUAUAGUGGACCAGACGGGCAUCUUCUAUUGUCAUGCAUCAAAGGGAACUAGUCCUACUAGAAACCAGGUCACAGUCACUCUCAUCAACAACUACAGCAAAGGUCUUUUUGUCCCGGUCCACCUCACAGUGACGACUAACAGAGGGGACACAGUCCACCUGGCCAUGCAAGUCCUCAGCUCCCAGAGGAGAGAUGUCACCUGGAAGUACAAUGGAAACUAUUUCUACAUGACCCACUGGGGUGAUGUGUCCAACAGUACGACUGUACUAACCCUUGAGGACGUGGCUCAUGCCAACGAGGGCAUCUACAGUGCAGGCUUCGUGGGAGACAGUCCCAUCAAUGGAGCCUGGAUGAGGCUGAUUGUCAGAGACUGUGCCAGUAAGAAGUGGGGUGCCGACUGUGACAAGGACUGUCCAGAGUGUCUCAAUGGAGGGGUGUGUCACGACAGUGACGGGGACUGUAUCUGUCCACCAGGGUUCAUGGGGAUGCGCUGCGAGACAGCCUGCAGAGAGGGGAUGUUUGGCCGUAACUGCCAGGAGUGGUGCAGGUCUGAGCUGGACUGUGUAGGGCUGAGGUUCUGCCUGGCUGACCCUUACGGAUGCUCCUGUGCCAGCGGAUGGUUUGGGAACCACUGCAACAGAUCCUGCCACAGGGACAUGUACGGGGCAGACUGCAGCCUGAGCUGUAGGUGUAAGAACGGGGGUGUGUGUAACCGUUUCAGUGGAUGUCAGUGUCCCACUGGCUGGAGAGGACAGCACUGUGAGAAAUCAGACCGUGCCCCUCAGAUCUUGGACAUGGCCAGUAGUCUAGAGUGGAACCUUGACUCCAGCCCUGAGAUCCUGUGUUCUGCCACAGGCAACCCCCUGCCUAGCCACACCAGCAUCGAGCUGCGCAAACUGGACAGUUCUGUGCUCAAGGCGUCUCGCACCACCAUGGACUCCAAUAAGAGCACAGCCCAGUUUGAGAUCCCCCGUCUGUCUUUCGAGCAUGCUGGGUUAUGGGAGUGCAGGGUCUCCACCAAUGGGGGACAAGACUCCCGCAAGUUCAACCUCACUGUCAAAGAGCCGCCGUGCCCCAGCACCCCUCCCAAGCUGCUGGAGAAGAGGAGUAAGCAACUGGUGGUGAUGCCUGUGGACUCCUACAGAGGAGACGGACCCAUAGACUCCACCAAGCUCCUCUACAAGCCCAUGGAGACCGGAGACUCCUGGUCCUCCAUCAUAGUGUACAGUAGAGAGCCUAUAACUCUGAUGAAUCUGAAGCCGUCUACACGCUACCACGUCCGUGUCCAGCUGACUCGUCCUGGGGAGGGAGGGGAGGGAACUCUGGGGCCUGAGGCCAUCAUGGAGACUGACUGUCCAGAGCCAACGGUUCGACCAGAGAUUGACUUCAGUUCGCUGGAGGGCCGCAACGCCACCGUACGCUGGCUGUUGCCUGGCAACGCGGGCGGGGCCGUGGGUGCGGCCAGCGGGUUCUUAGUGCAGCUCUUUGGGCCCUCCCCCUCAGGAGAGAAGCUGAGAGAGGAGACCACCCUGCUCAAUGUGCUCUCCACCAAGUUCUACAACCUGCAGUACCACCAAGACUACACAGUGGUCGUCAGGCUACUCAACUGUGGCAGUCUGGGGCCUACCUCUAAGCCUUACCACUUCCGCAUCAACAGCCAGGGUCCCUCCUCCCCUCGUAAAGUCCAGGCCCUGCCCCUGUCUGUGUCUGCGGUGCAGGUGAAGUGGCAGCCCCCUGAGGACCCUAACGGGGGCAUAGUGAAGUACAUCAUAGAGUACCAGCCAGUGGGUCAGGGCAGCCUGCACCCCUGGGUAGAUACUGACGAUGGCAACAAGACGGCUAAAGACGUGACAGCGCUUAACGGGAGUACUCUCUACCAGUUCAGAGUGAGAGCCUUCUCUAAAGUACCGGGGGAGUGGAGCAAAUUGGUCCAUGCCAGGACCCAGGGAGAUGGCUUCCAGGACUUCACUCCAACCACCCAGGGUGUGGGGGGGCGUCCAGGCAGCGAGGGCUACCAGCUGGUGGUGGCAGUAGUGGGGUCUGUGAUGGUCACCUGUGUCACCAUCCUGCUGGCCCUGCUGGCCCUCUUCUGCAUCCGCAAGACCCUGCUCAACCGCAGACGCAGCUUCACCUACCAGUCUGGAUCGGGAGAGGAGACCAUCCUGCAGUUUAACUCUGGGACCCUGACCCUGACGAGGAGACCCAAGCCUGCGGCCGAGUCCCUCACCUACCCCAUCCUGGAGUGGGAUGACAUCAAGUUCGAGGACGUCAUCGGAGAGGGCAACUUCGGCCAGGUCAUCAAGGCCAUGAUCAAGAAGGAUGGGGCCAAGAUGAGCGCUGCUAUCAAGAUGCUGAAAGAGUUUGCCUCUGAGAAUGACCACCGGGACUUUGCAGGAGAGCUGGAGGUAUUGUGUAAACUGGGCCAGCAUCCCAACGUCAUCAACCUCAUAGGAGCCUGUGAAAACAGGGGGUACCUGUACAUUGCCAUUGAGUACGCCCCCUAUGGUAACCUGCUUGACUUUCUGCGUAAGAGCCGAGUCCUGGAGACAGACCCCGCCUUUGCCAAGGAGCAUGGCACCGCAUCCACCCUCACCUCACAACAACUGCUGCAGUUCGCCGUCGACGUGGCAACUGGCAUGCACUACCUUAGUGACAAACAGUUCAUCCACAGAGAUCUGGCAGCGAGGAACGUUCUAGUGGGAGACAACCUGGUCGCUAAGAUAGCAGACUUCGGUCUGUCUAGAGGAGAGGAAGUCUACGUCAAGAAGACCAUGGGGAGGUUGCCUGUGCGUUGGAUGGCGAUAGAGUCCCUAAACUACAGUGUGUACACCACCAAGAGUGACGUAUGGUCUUUCGGUGUACUUCUAUGGGAGAUAGUGAGUUUAGGUGGUACUCCUUAUUGUGGGAUGACCUGUGCCGAGCUUUACGAGAAGCUCCCUCAGGGCUACAGGAUGGAACAGCCCAGGAAUUGUGACGACGAAGUGUAUGAGUUGAUGAGGCAGUGCUGGAGAGACCGGCCCUAUGAGAGACCUCCGUUCUCCCAGAUCUCUGUACAGCUCAACAGAAUGCAGGAGGCCAGGAAGGCCUACGUGAACAUGGCGCUCUUCGAGAACUUCACCUACGCUGGGAUAGACGCCACGGCCGAGGAGGCCUGACUUCCAGCCCCCCCAGACCCCGACAGGUCUCGUAGCCCACAGGAGAGGCCCCGAGGCUGGGCACCGCGUUACUGCCGCCCCCCUGCUGCAGCCCAACGUGGGGACCGGUGGAACAACAGACGAUCCACCCAGACCACUAGGCUAUAGAGGGAGGACUGUGAAAGGACACUGUCGAGGUCUGAUGGGGGGACUGGUUGGGACUGGUUUGGGAGAUGUAACACUGGACUUGGGACACACCGCUGUGCUUGUUUGAAGGAAAGUGUGGAAGAGGAAGGUGCUACAUCACAUGAUACUACACUGCCAGAGUCACAUGAUACUACACUGACAGAGUCACAUGAUACUACACUGCCAGAGUCACAUGAUACUACACUGACAGAGUCACAUGAUACUACACUGCCAGAGUCACAUGAUACUACACUGCCAGAGUCACAUGUUACUACACUGACAGAGUCACAUGAUACUACACUGCCAGAGUCACAUGAUACUACACUGACAGAGUCACAUGAUACUACACUGCCAGAGUCACAUGAUCCUACACUGACAGAGUCACAUGAUACUACACUGACAGGGUCACAUGAUACUACACUGACAGAGUCACAUGAUACUACACUGACAGAGUAUGUGGGGUGCCCUAUGACCUUUCCUCCUUCCAAAUGGAGAGAAUACUUUUUUAUGGACACACGUGGAGGUUGCUGUUCAUUCUGAGAUGGAUUGAGAUGGAGCCGACUGGGGAGAAAACAUACAAUGUAGCACUUGAACCAGAAAUAUUUGUAUAUUCAUGUGUAUAUUCAUGUGUAUAUUCACUUAUUUCCCGUCUUUCGGAUGGGACGUUAAACGGGUGUCCUGACUCACUGUGGUCACUAAAGAUCCCAUGGCACUUAUUGUAAGAGUAGGGGUGUUAACCCCGGUGUCCUGGCUAAAUUCCCAAUCUGGCUUUCAUACCAUCAUGGUCACCUAAUCAUCCCCAGCUUCCAAUUGGCUCAUUCAUCUCCUCUCCCCUGUAACUAUUCCCCAGGUCGUUGCUGUAAAUGAGAAUGUGUUCAGUCAACGUACCUGGUAAAAUAACGGUAAAUAAAAUGGUAGUACAGUAUAUCAUUUGCUUUCAUGAGAAUGUAACCGCUGUGCUUUUUACUGUCUUUCCUUCCUCUUAAAGUGUACUUACAGAAUAUAUAAUCCUUUUGUAAAAGUUUAGUAUAAAUCAUAUACACAGACCACUUGUUUACCUUUGUGACAUACUGUAUGCUACCUGCAUUUCUUUGAAUGGUGUAUCUAUCUACUCUGUGAGAAAAUAGGUUUUGUUUUCUUGAUCGCAGAGGCACGUAAUAAGUAACUUGAGCUGUGAAUCUAAAGUAGCAAAUCAGACUUUUUUCCCCUGUCAUAUCUAACCCAGUGAUACUGCACUGCUCUGUUGCCACUGUUUUGCCACUGAGUCCUGGGAGGUGUGAGGUCAAAUGAAGUGAUGUUUUUUUA